UCACAAGAAGGUCAGAGGUCGAAGUUUAUUGCUGACGUAGGAGCUUCGUGGUAGUUGGAAGAUUCGCGGGAAAUGUCUGAAAAUAAGUCGACUCUGACGUGAACGCGUACAAUUUCAACCGGAGUUUGUAGUUGAACCUUUCAGACUUAACAGAUAAAUAUCAGUGUCUUCAUAUAACGUACGCCCUGAAACGGAGGGAGUUUUAUCGUGGGGUUGCUGAACUGAGUAACUCCACGCACACAGCAUUGUCAACGACGCUAAUCGGUUAGCUCAGCGGUAACAGUCCUCCACAGCCUUUUAGCAACGAUAACGGCUAAAUCUGUUCUCCUAGAGCGGCGGAAACAGCGGUGCACAUACAGCGGGCCCAGAUAAAUGCACAUUAAACAGUGAGAACAAUGGCAGAGAGGCCAGAAGACCUGAACCUUCCCAACGCGGUAAUCACCCGCAUCAUCAAGGAGGCGCUCCCAGAUGGGGUGAAUGUGUCAAAAGAAGCAAGAAGAGCCAUAUCCCAAGCAGCCAGUGUGUUUGUGUUAUAUGCCACCUCCUGCGCAAAUAAUUUUGCUAUGAAGGCCAAGCGAAAAACUCUGAAUGCAGGAGACGUCUUGGCUGCAAUGGAGGAGAUGGAGUUCGAAAGGUUCCUGGAGCCCCUCAGAGAAGCUUUGGAAGUGUAUAAAAAGGGACAGAAGGGAAAGAAGGUGUCUGAGCCGAAACGGAAAGAUAAAGAGAAGAAGGUCGACACAGAGAAUAAUAAGAGCAGAGCUGAGGAAGGAGAGGAUGACGAUGAGCGCAUGGAAGAGGAGCCCGAGGUCGAGAAUGAAGCAGAGGAGGAGGAAGAGGUGGAGAACUGAUAACAUUCUCCCCACAGAGAACUCCGUCACAUACUCUGGGAUAAUUCCUGGCCAAACGGGAUAUGUGUGCGUGCAGCUCAGCGUCACCGUGUAUCAAAUGAUAAUGAAAUGUGAGCUGAAAACGGGUGACUGAAAACAUGCAACACGAAGCACAAAGAAGCCACUGUCUAGAUAUGUCAUGUGACCUCCAAUUUUGGAUAAGAGAAUAACAGAGAGAAAAAAAAAAUGCUCUGUUUCUGCUCUCUGACGUGACAGUUUUUCUACAUGAAAAUGAAGGAAAUAUGUCCGGAUUUCAGACAAAAUAAAACAUUUAAAAAAUGUCAUCUUGUUCUAACGUCUCCAAAAAAAGUAUAUUAAAUUGCAAUAAAUAGAAUUAAAAACUGUUAUCUUUAUCUGUUAAGAAUUGAAAAGAUGAAAUGAAAUCACUGUGAUUUCUUUGCAUAGUCUCCGAAGCCAAAGUUCUGAAAGUAGUUGGAACACAUGUUAUCAUAUAGGAACUUUAAGGCCGAUGCUGGCAACAUUUGGAUUAAAGUCUGUGAGAUUGAAGUUGUUGCUAAUAUUGGCUACAAAAAUGCAUGUUUAUGGCUUAUCCCACAACUACAGCUGAUGUGCAUUGAGACGGUGUUUGUAGUGAACUGCUGUUGGGUUUUAUACCUAGAUAAACUAGUUUUUGUUUUGUUGUUUUUGAACCAUUUAUACUUUUGUAGACUUGUAUACAAGUGGCUAAGAUUUUUAAUAAAUUUGUACAAAAAGCGAA